AGCUGUAACAAGCCGUUACAAUUCUAACCGUCAGAAAUAAGCGUCCUUCAUAGCCAUCACCUUAGUUUUUCUUUUCAAGGUCUAAACAGACUAAACGACACCAUGAGCGGGCCAUCAUUUGUGAGAAAGCCAGGAAGGCAGUUAUUUAUGGAUUUUUCGGAAGCGGACCUACACAAACUGCAGCGGCAGCAUCGCAGAAUGGAGGGGGCCAGGCGGGCUUCCAUAGGUCAAACCAGGGGUCUCAUCAUCAGAGACAGGCGAGAGAUCCAGCAGCUUUGGGAUGAACGUCAAGAGCUUUCACGCAGUCUCAGAAUAUCCCAAAGUGGUUAUCACCAAUGGACUGAUGCCACUGUCCUUCAAGACCUCCAUGCCAAGGUGGCAUGUGGAGACCGACUGGAUGAUGAGCUGGAAGCUGAAAAGAACAAAGCGACUUCUUUGAAAGAUCAAAUUCUUGAAUUAGAGAGGAAACUGGCAGAGCAAAGGAAUAGAGGGGAUUCUUCAUGCUGCAUUUGGAAGUUGGAUAAAAGCAGCUUUAUAAGGACAACACGUGUCAUGGAAAACAGACUUCACAGGGGCAACAAAUGCUUGAAUGAUCAGAUGACUAAGAAUGGAGAGCUGAGAGAGGAGCUAAAGACGCUGCAGAUGGAGAGGAGCAAGUUUCUCCAUGUCAAAUUUCAGCUAGGAAAGGAGUUACGAGCAAUUCAUAGGAACAUGGGUAACCUCAUGACUAAAUGCACAGAUGCCUUUAAUACCAGUGUGAAAAUCCAGGAAAAACAGAAGAUAUUGACUGACCAGGAUGCUAGGGAUAUGGCUCAGUAUACAAGAGAAAUGUUCAGCUUGGACCGAAAAAUCAGUCAUUAUCAAAGAGCCGUGGUUUUCCUAGACAUCAAAGAUACUGUGCACGGCCAGGACACCGACCACAGAAAAGGAAAAGCAGACGCAUUAAAACCACAGGAAUCAAAGGAAUGGAGUCUAAGCGAUUUUAAAAGCCAUCUGGCAAAGAUCUUAACAGAAACGGAGGAAAGCGACCUAGACAAACUGGUCAGAGACUUUAUAGAACAUGAGGAUGUGAACUACACUUUACUGAACUUCAUCAACUGUCAGCACAAUGAGGCCGAGAGCCUCCGAAGGAAGAUCUCCCAGCUUCACAGGGAGAUGAAGGAGUUUGCAGCUGAGCAGCAGCGGAAGCAGGAACAGAGCGAGGCUCGGUGGAAGACGGUUUCCAAAAAGCAAGAGGCCACUGAGCGACAGCUGGGAGUUUAUGAGCAGCGACUUGAGCUCAAAGAAGAGCUCUUCAGUCAGCUUCAAGAAGGUCUGAGAUCGUUGCUUCAGAUUUGCUACAGCAGCUCCGUGGCCUGUGAAAAGCUGGACUCCUCUGAUGGAUUCCAGGCAGAAAAUAUCUCACUGUGCCUGAGGAUGGUGGAGGACAGAGUCAACGAGCUUUUCACGUUGCAGUCGUACCAUCACUGCCAGAAAAACCUGAGCCCGUGGGACACUGUCAGUCUCAACGCUGUUGCCGUCAAGCUCGUCGGAAUAAAACCUCAAGCAGGAAAAGUGACCGUAACUGUGGCAAAACCUCUCCACGACACAGACGUAGAGUCACUGCCGCUCGGAGCUGUGGAGCCCAUGAGUAAAGAAGCUCUACUUUCUGCGGUCUGCAAGAGGCGCCAUCCUCUCCCUCGAAAAUGA